AGAAAAAAACCAACUCAAAUAGCCGACACGACGCCGGUGAAAGUUAAAUCCUAUAUAGGUAACUGAAACAAUCGAACCUGCGGCUUAGGGCUUAACUCAGUGGUGACGUCGGAUGUGGUUGAAUUCUGUCUGGGUUUCGGAGGUUUUCUAAGCUGAAGAACCGAAGAAGAGAGAGAUGGAAAGAAAAGUGAGGGAAGAAGCGAUGGAGAGCAUAACCGAGAGGCUAUCUUCUCUCGACAAUCUAUAUUUCCCGCGAGCCGUUCAAUCUUCAGCCGCCGAUCCCUCCCAUCGCAAGUCCAUCCUCCACGACCUCCUUGCCCGCGACGUCCCCGUCUUCUUAGAAAGAUAUGGGUCAGAACUGACUAGCGAUGAACUCCACGAAUUCGAUGCACUUAAUGAUGAUUAUGAAGUUAAUUGGCACUUAAAACAUCUUAGAAGCAAGCUGAGUCCAACUUCUGAAGAAUUGAAAUCAAGGUCGGUGACUGUCAAGAAUCGAAGGCGGGCUUACUUGAAUAAAUUGGUAUGUGAUGGGCAGUAUUUUUCGGAGGACGCAAUGAGGGAAAGAGAACCCUAUUUGCAUCAUGAAUAUUUAGGGAGGUUUCAGGAUUUAAGUGGGAGAAGCAUGGCUAGGCCUGGGGAACGCUGGUCUGAGACUUUGAUGAGGAGGUGUGAGGAAGCUAGGUUGGUUGCUAAGAUUAGAGAGGAACAGCAGAGGCUUGGUGUGGCUCAAAAAGACUGGGUUGGUAAUGAGAGCUAUCCACAGCAAGAAGAAGAAGAGGAAGAGGAUGAGGAGGAGGAGGAAGAAGAAGAAGAAGAAGAAAAUGGAGGCGACCAUGGCAAGGAAAUGCUUUUGGACCAUCCUGGCGAUGGCAAUGUUGCUGCUUCUGCAACUGUCGAACAACAUGAAGAAGCACCUUCAGCAGAAGAAAUGCAAGAUAGGAUGGAUCAAUUCACCUACAUCAUGCAGCAGAAGUUUCUCUCUGGGGAAGAUUAUGAGCAUUUGGAUUACUCCAAAAUAGAUGAUGAUGAGACCUUGGAUGAUCACUGGCUUAGGGAAGCUAACUAUGAUGCCGAGGAGAAGUAUUUUGCUGAAGACUAAGAAUGGUGAGUUGCAUCUGGUCAUUGCCAAACAUUUGCAGAUAUCUCUUCGGUAUAGCAGUGAUUAGUGGUUUCCUUUGUAAUUAUGCACCUAACUUCUUUUCGUAUAAAUGCUAUGGAAUCACAUGUUCAAGUUGGUAGCCAUUCUUCAAUUAGACCAGUAUUAGAGCUUAUGUUAAUAGUAAAAUCUUGAACUACAAUUGUUUAAGGUUCCUGCAAUCGUGUAGCCAAAUGAAUUACAUAUGCCCCUUAGACAAAAAUUGUGCACAGCUGUGAGACUAAGCAUUCCUCAACUCUGUUUCAUUCUUCUGCUUGGUUGCUUGCACUAAACAGUUGAAAUAUCUAGUACUAGAAUAAUGACAAAUUUGUGAGCAAGAGCAAUGCUCUAUAUGGUGGACUAAUUCAUUUUGCAGAAGAAAGUCAAGGAAAAUAAACAGAGUUUUGGUUUACUUAUUACAAGAUAAUAUUGCUACGCAAACCAA